AUGAAAGGCUGGCUCCAGACCUUGGGCCUGACGGCCCUAUUAGCAGGCCAAGCGCUUGCUAAUGAUGUUGAACUGAAAUCCGACGAUGCGCACCGGCAACGAUGCUCAGGGAUGUACAGUCGCAAAGCAUGGGGAGGAAGUGUCGACCCUUUCAUUUUGGUGAAAUUUACCAAGUCCGACUCUGCAGAGAGCGAUCCGCUGGCCAGUUUGGUGAUUUUUGAAUGGAACGAUGAGAAUCUCAUUGGAAGGUACCGGUCCGAUGACGCUGAGAUCAAGGAAACAAUCUGCGAUGCUUCGAAUGUAGAAGCGAAAAUCUGUACCGAAGACCAGCUCGGCUCCUUUGUCCUCACCAGCAAUGCUACCGACGUCUCACAAAACCCCAUCAUGUCAAAAGCCAUCCACCUGAACAACCCCGAUGCCGUGAAAUACCCUGUCCGAAAGACUGGAUUCUACUGCGUGAGCACGUACGCCUACUCCGGAGAAGACUACGGGGCCGUGGUCACCUUCCGAAAUUCAUACGGCGAGCUUCCCGCUGCACAGAUCGCAAAGCUUCCCUUCUACGGAGCUUUGACUAUUGUGUACGCUGUUAUUGGAAUUUUCUGGGCUUUCCUCUAUGUCCAAAACCGUUACGAUAUUCUGCCUGUUCAAAACUAUAUCACCGCGAUACUUGUGUUCUUGAUCGUUGAGCAGCUGAUGACUUGGGGAUUCUACGAAUUCCAAAACCGACAUGGCUUGAAUGGUGGCGCAAAGGCAUUCAUGAUCAUAGUCGCGAUCCUCAAUGCAGGCAGAAACGCCUUCUCCUUCUUCCUCUUGCUCAUCGUCUGCAUGGGUUAUGGUGUUGUCAAGCAUUCGCUGGGCCGGACAAUGAUCUACGUCCGCAUUUUGGCCAUUGCUCACUUCGUCUUUGCGGUCGUUUACUCUAUUGCCAGUUUGACAAUUACUCCUGAUAGCGCCGGUCCCCUCGUGCUUCUUAUUGUCCUGCCGCUUGCUGGAACUUUGACAGCGUUCUACGUGUGGACCUUGAACUCCCUCAACGCCACAAUGAAGGAUCUCAUCGACAGAAAGCAGAAGACCAAGGCUAUGAUGUACAAGAAGCUUUGGUGGUGCAUCCUGGGCAGCAUCAUUGUGAUCUUCGGUUUCUUCUUUAUCAAUUCGUUCGCAAUGGCUGGAAGUAGCGAUGCCGACUUUGUGCCUCAGCACUGGAAGGCCAGAUGGUUCGUCCUGGACGGCUGGCUCAACUUGGUCUAUCUGUUCGAUAUCGGUUUCGUCGCUUAUCUGUGGCGGCCAACUGCCAACAACCGUCGCUUUGCCAUGUCUGAUGAGCUCGCUCAAGACGAUGAUGGAUUUGAGAUCCGGUCAUUUGGCAGCGGCCUGGAUGAGGAGGAUGCCUAUGACGCUCCUCCAGACUACCCCGGCAGCUCAGCUGCAGAGGGCCGCCGUGACUUGUCACCCGUCCCUCCCAAGCCCUUUUCGUCGGCGCCCCGGCAACGCGAGUCUCUCGACGAGGAGACUAUAUUCGCCGUAGGUGAAGAGGAUGGUGACAAGUGGUCCGACGACGAGUCCCCUCGCAACUCCAACGAGAGGGAAAGACUCACAGGUAAAAAAGACUAA